AUGGACGUGGUUCGAUUGUGUGACAUUGCGCCGGGGAGUUUCAUUCCUAACUAUACGGCAAAGUUCGAGGGGCAAACCAAAUUCAUCCCAGGCAUCUCAGGAUUUCUGAGAGCCUUCCUUCCAUUUUCGAGCGAUCACGACCCUGACAUGCGCAAAGGCUCAGAACAAUCCUCAUCGACAGGCGUCUCCGAAACUGAUGGUGCACACCAAUCGAUACUGGACUUGGAAAAGGACCUCUGGAUGACCGUCAUAACGGGUCUGCGGCAUCACAAACAUGCUCGAAAACUGCCACCUUUGUGGUCGUCGGAGAAGGGCGGGAAUUCUGGCUCAACAGCGGAGACUAGGCAUUAUACAGAUCAUGGUGCAGGAUUGCAAGACCAAGAUCUCUUGUGCGAGAUAUCAGACCUUGCCUUGAACAACCAAUCGAGCCAUGACGACGGUGACGACGGUGACGAGGAGGACCUUGUUGACUUCACAGACAUAAUCGAUGUGUGGACUAAAUGCUCUACAAGAUACACCCCCCUUGUCAUAUCUGAUGGUCUUAGCAGAGGGUAUCAUGGUUGCGACGUCGAAAUGACUGCUUUGGGGCCGACAACGGCAAAUAGCAACAAUUUCCCCUGUGAUGGCGACGACUCGGGUGAUGCACAUGGCAGAAACAGAGGUCGGACGAGUAGCAUGUCACAACAGAGUGAUGUGUCAAUGCUGAUGCCCUUAGAAGGACCUGUGGAAGAGGCUCGCAUAAUCAGGCUCACGGGAGUCAUUGGUCAACCAUGUGAGCUUACUCAGAAUGUCCUCCGUAUGCAUCCGCUGAGACAGCAUGAACAAGGGGUGUCUUUGGUGCGGCAAGGUGACUCCAACAAAAGUGGCCGCAGCCUAUAUGAGAGGGACGACCUGGGUUGGUCGGAGGAGAGUCUGUCAAGCGGAGACCUACUCGAAUCACAAGUGUUCGGGCCUCAACAUACAACACACGAAGCAGGCAGCACCUCCUCUUCUCCUUCUCACAUUUGCGAACGAUCCUCGACCGCAGAGCUCCUCCGAAACGCCCAGGACUAUUCACCUGUGUCUGUCAAUUGCGCACGUACGUCCACACACAUAUCGACACGGCAGAACGCUUCCAUUCCAACCAACACUUUGGCCGACUUACUUGGGAACGACCAUCUGUUGUGGCAUAUGUGGAAACGACGAGGCAGCGUCAGACCCCGUGGGGAAGACGACUUUCAUGAAAUGAGGGCCAUGUAUGAGACAGACCCCGACAUGAAGCUCCUCGGGACAGGAUGGAAUAUCGACCCCAGCAACAUCAGUCCCGGUAGCACCAAUGAAUCUAUGCUUCACGACACAAUGCAGAAACCAUCCCCCCAUGAGAAGCACAUGCAGCCAGCAUCGCCGACUUCUGAAAGACGGUCGUAUUUUUCGCAGAGGCAGUCCACUUCCUCCUCUUCCGUUGGUGGACAAUCCAAUUCAGACUCGAAGUUUCAGCGCCGAAGCAGCAUCCUGAAACGACUGUCCUGGGGCGGUCGGGUCCAGACUGCUGCAGAGGUCGACAUGACUGACUUCGGCGGCCGGACCGUCGAGGUGAAACGAAGGAAGACUCUGGACGACUACGAUAUGACGGAGAGGGAGACCAUGAAUGAUGAUUCGGAUGACAUGCUUUUUUGA